AUGCGCAUGAACACACACAUACACACACGCACACACGCCGUUUUCCUCGCGCUGAAGUGAACGCGACGUGUGAUAAAUAAUUAAAUAAGUAGUUUAUUUUCGGACGUGUGCGUGUACAGCUCCAGGUUCUCUCCACUCAGCGCGUCUUGACUCGGGGAUGCGGUCCGGAGGCUGCGCCCGGUGCUGCGGCUCGACUGGACGGCAGGAUGCUCCUGUGAGCUCCGAGGGGGAAAAACACACACAUCUGUGCUUCAGCCUCCAGCUCUCUUCACCUGGAUGCUGAGGGGAAACUAGGCCGCUACUUGCUUGUUUUUAUUUAUUUAUUUAUUAUUAUUAUUUUUACCCCAGCAAAGCGUCUCGAAUCAAUAGGUUAAGUUUUAAUGAAACAUUUUUGAUAUCAAACGCGAAUGUAUUUGAACUAGCCGAGCUAGCUGGCUCUCGUGCUAGUUCCCACUAGCCUGCAAAGCCAAACAGUAAAUAUUUGCAUGAAAUAUUUGCGCUAUUUACAUACACAUAUAUAUUUGUACACACAAUUUAACCAGUAAUAUGUUGGAAAUAUAACCCGUUUAGAAGUUUAAGAGAUAAUUUAACUAACCUAGCUAGCUAACGGUAUCGGCUCGUGCUUCUUUGACUGUCAAAUGAUGUUCCUAUAUGCAGCUAGCUAGCUUCAAAACAAGCUGGUUUUGUAUGAGUAAGAUUUGUUUAUAUUUCGAAGUUGACCUGACUAAAUAACUGUAAAUACUAAACAUCCCUGAUGAAACCUGAAUAUAUGUAUUAUUUAGGGUUCAUGGAGGACAGGAAGCAGUAUCGACUGGAUUUCCAGUAGAAUGAAUGGUACUGAUGGAGUUUGGCGUUUUCAGUCAGAUCCUGAGGAAGGAAGAAGGAUUUGUUUGUAAGGCUGCCAACAGCUUUUAAUGCAGCAAACCAUUUUUCAGACACUCACUCCGCUGCACAGGCGAAUAGAAGGGGGGGGGAAUUGGACUUGAUUCCGGUUUCAUUGGAUUGAACUAAAAAAAAAAAAAAAUGGCCCAGGAGGCGUUUCCUUUGCAUUAUCUGGUCUGGAACAAUCGGUACCUGGAGCUCGAUAGAGAGCUGAAGAAAAAACAGGUAAAUCAAUGCAGAGCAGGACAUGGAGUCGGUAGAUCCACGUGGACGCACCCCGCUUGAAUUGGCGGUGUGCCUCGGCCAUGUGGAGUCCACGAGGGUGCUGCUGCGACACGACGCGGAUCCUACACGUUGUAGUGCACGAGGAUGGACAGUGUUACAGGAAGCAGUAAGCACAGGAGACCCCGAGCUGGUGCAGCUGGUUCUCCAGUACAGGGAUUUCAAACGAGCCACAGAGAGACUAGCCGGUAUUCCUGAGCUCCUUAGCAAACUGAGACAGGCUCGGGAUUUCUAUGUGGAGAUGAAGUGGGAGUUUACGAGCUGGGUGCCUUUGGUGUCGAAAGUGUGUCCGAGCGACGUGUACCGCGUGUGGAAGAGCGGCUCGUGUCUGCGAGUGGACACCACGUUACUGGGUUUCGAGCACAUGACCUGGCUCAAGGGCCGCCGCAGCUACAUCUUUAAGGGUGGAGACGGUGGGGCUAUGGUGAUGGAGGUGGACCACGAGAAGCAGGUGGUGUACACAGAACCGCUGUCUCUGUCUCCACGUGAUGCCCCGUCCCUCCUCGCUGCCAUGUUGCCGUCACAAGAGAACACAGCACAGAGGCUCACCUCCCCGAUCGUCUCCACACACCUUAACACGCGCAACAUCGCCUUCGAGAGGAACAAGUCUGGAAUUUGGGGCUGGCGCUCUGAGAAAACCGAGGUGGUCAGCGGAUAUGAGGCGAAGGUGUAUAGUGCCAGUAAUGUGGAGCUGGUGACACGCUCUCGAACUGAACACCUCUCUGAUCAGGACAAGUCCAGAUGCAAAGGAUCUCGAACUCCUCUUCAGUCUUUCCUUGGAAUUGCAGAGCAGCAUGUGUCGAACAACGGGAGCCAGGUAUCUCAGUGUGCCAGUCCUCAUAACCCGACAGCCAUCACAGCCGAGGAGUACUUCGACCCCGAGUUUAAUCUGAACGGCAGAGACAUCGGCAGACCCAUCGAGCUCACCAGCAAGGUGCAGAGGUUUAAGGCCACGUUGUGGUUAAGUGAAGCCCACCCUCUUUCGCUGGCUGAGCAGGUGACACCCAUUAUUGAUCUCAUGGCUAUUUCUAAUGCUCACUUUGCUAAACUGCGUGACUUUAUCACCCUGCGUCUGCCGCCCGGCUUCCCUGUGAAGAUAGAGAUCCCUCUCUUCCAUGUACUGAAUGCACGGGUGACCUUCAGUAACCUGUGUGGCUGUGACGAGCCAGUCAGCUCUGUUACUCUGCACUCACCACAAGGAGCCAAUGAUGCAGGUCAGAGCCCUCGCCCCUUGAAUUGCGAGGUGGACCCGUCCGUGUUCGAGCCUCCGGCGGAUUACACGAUGCUGGGACCGGGACGCAACGAGCCGCUGAGAGAUGAGGACGAUAACCUGCUGCAGUUUGCCAUUCAGCAGAGUUUGUUGGACGCAGGGACAGAAAGUGAUCAGGUGACCAUAUGGGAGGCUUUGACCAACACCCGUCCCAUGUCUUCUCAGCCUCCGCUUUAUGAGGAGGACUCGCAGCUUGAGCGUGCGAUCCAGGAGUCUCUGUCUCUCUCAUUGGCUGGGGGAGAAAGUGGGGAAGCUCCUGCUCAGUCUCCGCCAGGUUCCUCACCGGACCCUGCCCUCAACUCCCCACCUUCCUACAAUUCCUUGGCGGAUCCGCGGGUCACCGGGGCGUUCGCAGUCGCAAGCAGCUUCGACGAGCAGCUGCGCCUGGCGAUGGAGCUUUCAUGCAGAGAGCAGGAGGAGCUGGACAGGAAAAGAAGAGAAGAGGAGGAGGAGCUGGAAAGGAUAUUACAGCUGUCACUCACAGAAAAGUGACCACGCUAACAGCUUCAAAAAAAAAAAGCUUAAUUUAUUAUUUGUGCUUUUUUUCUGCAGUGUUAAAUUAUUAUUAAAGAUUCAUGCUCUUUUUUUUUUAUUUGAAAUGGGACAGAGGGCUUAAUUAAGAGAGAGAGAGAGAGAGAGAGAUGGAGGAGUAUCAGGUUAUGAAAGAAAGCAUUUGAAUGAAUAA